AUGGAAUUUGCCACUGAUCAAAGGAAGGACAAACUAGCUCGGAUCCGCGAGAACCAGCGCAAAAGUCGUGCCAGAAAGCAAGAGUACACACACGAGCUGAGGCAGCAACUCGCUUCGUUCAAAGAACUAGCUCACCAGAAAGAUGUUCAACAUCGACUAACGGUCCAAAGGCUAGAGGCCGAGAAUGCACGGCUGAAAUCUCUUCUGACUGCCGUGGGUGUGCCGUCUAGCGUUGUUCAUGGCUACUUGCAGGCGACUGGGGAGUCUGAGAUGGCGAGGAAAGUUGCGAUUCCGGCUUUGAAGCGAGCUGAGGGAGCACAGGGGCAGGGUGCUCGCUCUUGUUCUUUGAAAAAGGAAACGAAUGGCAAUGCGGUUUGUUGUGCGAAGCCGGAUGGAUUAGUUUCUAUCGGUGAGCCAGGGGUGAGCCCUGAUAAUGGGACGGAUAUAGCUCAUCAAUCCGUGUCUCGGAGGAGCCGUAUCUGCGGAAGUGUGGCGGAUGAUCGGUCAUUCCCAGCUAACGAGGAUGUUCUUAAUACCACUCUUUGUGCGAUCGCGGAGGAGCUUAUCAACCAGUAUAAUACCCGUGGGGUCGAUCUGGCAGAAAUACAGAAGAAGCUCUGGGCUGGCUUUACGAAGAGCUGUGCUACAGGGGAAGAAUGCAGGGUGCAGAAUCAUAUUCUUUUCCAGGUUCUGGAUGAAAUAAGUGGCGAUUGA